UCCCGUCAGCAGCAGUUGCUGGAUGAGGUUGACAUUUAAGCCGACAACCUCUAUGGGCGAUGCACGUUAGCUCACCUGUGAGGCGUCUUUGAGCCAGAGUGGACUCUUUAUUGUGACUUGUGUGCUCUAGACGACUCGUCUGCGCACUCAUACCCUGUCUGACGUGAACCGUGAAGCCGUGGAAGAUCAGACUGGACGUCAAAGAGCGAGGAUGUUGGUCCCCGCGGGAAGAUGAUGAAGAGGCUGCGCGUCCUGUUGGUGUGCCUCAUCGUAGCUGUCCUGUGCUGGUACCCCAAUAAUCAUGUGUGUGGUUCAGAGCCCACCGAGUCCAGCUCAGGUCCGCCGGUGCCGGACCCAAGCGCAGAGGACUACAAGCAGGAGCAGGAUGCUAAUCUGCUUUCGGUGGAGGAAAAGGGGACAACACACACUAAACAUCACAGUGAACAAGUAACAGAAAAAACAUUUGAGAAGCCAGACAGAGACGAUGUUGUCCGACAACAGACUGUGAACCAACUGGAGGAUGAGCUGAAAGAGACAAAAUCUCACCUGAUACCCAACACAAAUGUUGACGUCUCGGAGCCAAGACCCAAAACACAAGCCCAUAAUGAUCUGGACCUACAAGCUAACACUCAGGACCACAACAAAGAAGCACCCAUUCCUCUUACUUCAGACUCAAUUCCAGUACAAGACCCAUCUACAGAGGCCUCCAGUGAAACGGCUGUGGUACAUCUCACAUCGGACGUGAACCAUAACCCCCCAGAUGAAGCUGAAAGCACACCUACCUCAGAGAGUGCAGGUUCACCUCCAACAGGUGUGGAUCAAGCUGAAGUAGUGGACAACCAUUCACACCAGAGCCAGAAUUCUGCCCAGCAAGAAGAAGUGCAUUCCACUCUAGGUCAUACAGAGCAUGAACAACAACCGCCGCAGAAUGAGACAGCCAAGGGGGGGCUCUCUGAUUCUGUUCAUGAGGGCAACACGUCACAGGAUUCACCAGAGCUACAGUCCAAGGAUGCUGUUGUUUCACGAGAGACUGAUCCAUCAGUGCCCAGCAAAGAAGACAUCCCAACCUUUGAUGAAUGGAAGAAACAGGUCAUGGAGGUGGAGAAAGAAAAAAGCCAGUUUCAAGUCAGAUCAGCGUCAGUCAACAGCAGCCCCCACCAAACAAAAAAGGUCCAGAAGAACUUCAAGAAUAACUACGCUUCAGUGGAGUGUGGCGCCAAGAUUCUCUCUGCCAACAAUGAGGCUAAGAGCACAUCAGCCAUUCUCAUGGAGAACAUGGAUCUAUAUAUGCUGAAUCCGUGCAGCAACAAAAUCUGGUUUGUCAUUGAGCUCUGUGAGCCGAUUCAAGUGAAGCAGCUGGACAUUGCUAACUUUGAACUGUUCUCAUCAACACCCAAAGACUUCUUGGUUUCCAUUAGUGACAGGUACCCGACCAACAAGUGGGUAAAGCUUGGCACAUUUCAUGCUCGAGACGAGCGAAUUGUGCAAAGCUUCCCACUGGAUGAGCAGCUUUAUGCUAAAUAUGUGAAGAUGUUCAUCAAGUACAUAAAGGUCGAACUACUCUCUCAUUUUGGAUCUGAACAUUUCUGCCCCCUCAGUCUCAUCAGGGUGUUUGGUACCAGCAUGGUGGAGGAGUAUGAGGAGAUAGCUGACUCCCAGUAUCCGUCUGAGAGACUGGAGUAUUUAGAUGAAGACUAUGAUUAUCCUCCAGGAUACCAACCACCGGAGGACAAAGACUCCAAAAAUAUUAUUGGAACCGCAACAGAUGCAAUCCUCAACAUGGUAAACAACAUUGCUGCUAAUGUGCUGGGAGGCUCUCCGGAGUUGGAGGGUAGUGCGGAAACAAGAGGUAAUACUACUACCGACAGCCUGAAUGCAAAGACAGACAUUGCACCAGAAACAACAGAAGACGCUCAAGUCAAGACACAGCAACACCCGAUUGAGCCAGAAGAUACUGUGAACGAGAAACACUCCAACAUUUCUACCGACUCCUCUUCACUUUCACCUUCAUCUCCUGAGCCUCGAGUUGACCAACAGAUUGUCACCCCAUUGGAGGGGGAGGAGGAGGAGGAGGAGGAGCACAGACAGUCCACUGUCACCCUGAUGGAAGAAGAACUGGAAGAGGAGGAGCCCAAAAGAGAGGACAAGACAAAAGGAAAGGCGAACAACAAUCAGUGGGAAAGUCAGACCUAUUGUCCUUUCUCUUCUUUGUCUUCUCUGUCGCUCUCCUGCAUGGCCACUCUUCCUGAGCUCCUGCAUCGCUGGUGCUCCGCCAGACUUGCAAAGGAGAGACUUCGCAGCCUAAGACGAAGACACUUGAGCACACAGAUCCACAGUGAUCUCAGCCCAGCCUCUCUCUCACACACACAUCCACAUAUCAGCCUUCUUUCCACCUCUUUAAAUGACCCUCAACAGAUCAUCCAAAAAAGCGCAGAGCUGGAAAUGUCUGGCCAGAACAGAGGUGAUGCUCUGAAUGAAGGACACACAUCUUACAGUAAUCUCAAUUCCCACGCUCCUGAUACACACACUCCAGAGCACAGCAUUAUAUUGGAGCCCAGUAUUACAGCCACCAUCCCUUCACACAGCUUAGUAGACAGCCACAGUUCGUUCACAAGGCCCACCCCCACACCAGAGGAGGCAUUGCUACCGAAGAUUAAGGAUGAAACUGUGAACCCAGCCCCAAGUCUACCUUUCCAUGUGGUCUCUAUUCCGGAGACACAGUUGGCCAGCAGUGCCACGCCUACUCUGACUCUCAGCUCACCACCACAGAUUCUGGUGUCAGAAACAGCUUCUCCUGGUGUUUUACCUUCCCUUGUCCAGGAGCCACUCGUUCCUCCUCUUUCUGCUGCGUCACGGCUUGAAGACCUUUCUACCCCUCCCACGGACGUUCUAGUUGAACUCCCAGUGACUGACACAGCAGCUGACUCAGCUAAAGCUCCAGCUGAGAGUGGGGACUUGCUUCAAAAUGAGGUAUCCCGCACCAACAUAGAACAGGAGGAUCCCCUCGCUCAGGCCACAGAAAUGAACAAGGUUGAGGAAACGAUAGAGGAAGAAUUGAUGAACUCCAACGGACAUGGCAGCAUUCACCGGACAGCUACAGACUUCUAUGCAGAGCUCCAGAACGGGGACUAUAACAGUGGAGCAGGUCAUGGGAACAACGGGAAUGUUGUUUUACUCAAUGGAGGCACAGUGCAUGGAUCCAGUCAGAAGGAGAGCGUGUUCAUGAGGCUCAACAAUCGAAUCAAAGCCCUGGAAAUGAACAUGAGUCUGUCAAGUCGAUACCUGGAAGAGCUCAGUCAAAGAUAUCGCAAGCAGAUGGAGGAGAUGCAGAGAGCUUUCAACAAGACCAUCAUCAAACUGCAGAACACCUCCCGCAUCGCAGAAGAGCAGGACCACAAACAGACGGAUUCCAUCCAGGUGCUUCAGAGUCAGCUGGAGAGUGUCACUAAACUGAUGCUCAACCUCACCAACACAGUGAAUCAGCUUCAGAAAGAGGUGUCUGACCGUCAGAGUUACCUGGUGGUGUCUCUGGUUCUCUGUCUUCUUCUGGGCCUCGUGCUGUGUCUGCAGUGCUGCCGCAGCUCUCCUGUUGCCCCCCUCCCUAAACAUGCUGCCCUCCCCAUGAGCAACCACUUUCCCAGCCCCAAGAGAUGCUUUUCAUCCUAUGAUGACAUGAGCCUCAAGCGCAGGGUGACCUGUCCACUUGUCCGCUCCAAGUCAUUUCAUCUUUCAUCUACUGAAGGUCCCGAUGACUUGUACAUUGUAGAACCUCUAAGGUUUUCGCCCGAGAAAAAGAAGAAACGCUGCAAGUCGAAAUCGCUGGACAAAGUUGAGACUCUGAAGGCAUCCGAUCCUUCCGCUCCUCUUGUGAAUGGGGAAAUCAAGUGCAACGGUUUCCACCCCAGCCCACCAUCCCCUACGCCGUCUCCGGCCAUUCCUCUGCCUCCACCUCCUCCUCCGCCCUCUUUGAAGGAGGAGUCACAGCCAGUGGUGGAGACCAGCAGCUGCAGCUCCUCCACCAUCUCAGAGGAGUCCUACACAAGUCGCCAUCCUCCUCCGUCCCCCGUUCAAACGGUUCCUGGACUCUGCAAUGGCCAUGAGCCGCCUUUCCUUCUCCUGCCGCCGGCGGCCAAGAACCGUCAGGAGAAGAGGUCGAUGAAGCGGAGGAAGUCUCGGCAAACUGAGCUGCUGCUGCCUCCCAUCCCCGGAGGCCGGGUCGGCUCUCUGCCCUGCCUGGAGCAGCUGAUGAAGAGAAACGAGGAAAUCGGCGUCGGGACUAUCAGAGUGACCCCUGUGACUGGACACGUCUGAACACACACUUUAACUCACACACACAGACACUGUGUGACCCAAAGAACCACAGGUGCACAGUGGACCUUCACUUCUCUCACCUUCACUGCUAUGUGCCUUUUUAACUGUUGUUGCAAACAUGAAUUCAAAAGGUGCGCCGUUGGGGACCGAGCAACCUUGCUCUUACGAGUAUACUCAAGUGUGUAGGCCAGUCUUAGCUCGCGUCAUUCGAGCUUUCCCGAAGUAUUGCAAGGUCUGUGAAUGCGGUGGAGCAAGACAAGCCACCCUCUCUUUGUUGUUUCCAUCUGCCUCUCAGAUCCAUCUGACUGUGCUUAUCGUCGUCGCUGUCCGGGGACCAGCAUUUAAUGUGCUUCAGAGUUUCUGUCUGGACCAAACCAACCACAAGAGCUAAAUGAAGAAAGCGACCAAUGAGGCUCAGUUUACUGUCCAGAUGAGCAGCAGCAGCCCUGACACCAGUUUGUCCUCUCUGAAUCAUUCCUCCACAGUGUAAGUGAAAGUUAGGUACCCCACACACACACACGUACGUACGCACAGCUAGUGGCACACUCGCAUAGACUUUUAUUUAUCUAUUUAUUUAUUUAAAUAACUCUAGAUGUUAGGCACUGGCUUGCCAACCUCGAAAACGCGACGUGUUGAUCUCAAGCAUGAGAACGUCACAAUUGGUUUGGUACUUUUCCUCUCGUAUGUUAUUGAAUAUCUUCUCAUGGUUGGUAUCACAAUCUGGCUGCUGUUUACUCCAGAGCUGCAACACUCCACAUCCCCACUCCCUUUGAUCUUAUCUUUAGCUGACAGAGAUUUUAAAAGCUGCAGAGACGUGAAGAUUGAAGCGCCGUCCUGCCGCAAUGUUACUUUUGUUUCUACCUAGUGAGGGUUUCUGAUUGGCUCUGUGUGGUUGGUCUGGGUAAGACUCCUGUCCUGUUGUUCUGUUCAUCAUCCAGGGCCACAGAUGGACCCUCACCUCCAUUGCACAUUUAACUGUGAAGAUUUUAACAUGCCUGCUUUUUAAUUCUUCACUUUCCCAGUUCCUCACUUUGGUAUUGUGCAUCCUCAUCCACCUUGCCCGUUGCCAUUCUUCCACUUGUGUUUGCUCCACAAGAUGUGUUUGCUAAAGGGAAUGCUGAAAAUGGGUAUAACGAUACACUAUAUAUGUGAAGUGGAGCAAAGAAUGAGAAUUUACAUUUUUGUCUUUUUAUGUAGGAUAGAGAUGUUUUUGUUCUGUUGGAUCAGCUUGUGUAACACAGGGGAGAUUCUUGAGCUCGUGUGCACUUUGAGAGACUGUUGAUGCCUUUUUUCCCCCUUGUUUUUUUUUUCUACGUCUAAUGUCGACUUUUCCUUUCCUCUUUUCUGAAGAGCUGCACAGUAUUUUUGAGCAGGAGUGGGCUACCACAAUCUUGUGGUGCCAUUAGAAACUGUGAAUUUCUAAAUAAAAUCUUUUUUUGUUGUCUUUAAUGUGGUGGAUCCAAA